AUGGUUCUUGAGAAGGGGAAAACGAAGAUGGCAGAGGAAGGGAAAUCUUUUGCCACGUUCAGACUCCGGACUUACAAUAACGCCAGCAUAGGAGCAUUCGACAGCCACGUUAUCGCAAAGGAAGCACCGCUUCUUGCAAGCGAUAACAUGUCAAAAGCCAAACAAUGGCUUCAAACCUGUAUUGGAGGCCACAAAAACUGUAAAGAAUUUCACAGGAGAACAAUCAACACUCCCCAGCAACGACCAACGCGAGUCCUUGAAAUUACAAAGUCCACCAUCCACCUCCGUUGUAACAUGCAAAACGAACGCUUCGACUACCUUGUCUUGAGCUACAUGUGGGGAAACAACCACAGGCAACAGCUUCGCCUACUGCGAUCCAACCUCAAAGACUUUCAAAAGGAGAUUCCACGUGCGGAGUUUGAAGCCUCGGAUGUGUAUAAAGAAGCGAUGCGCGUUACUCUUGCCCUUGGAUACAAGUACCUUUGGAUAGACAGUCUGAACAUCAUCCAAGACUCACCCGAAGACUGGGCCCACGAAGCGCGUCGCAUGGCCAUUGUGUACGGAAAUGCAACGGCCAAUCUCGCAUUUCUCUUCCCGCCGCAUUCGCCCACUAAACCCAACCAACGUGACGAUCCGCGGGUUUGGAACCCAUGUGUCUUCCGCGCUCCAUCUUCGCAAACACCCGGUAUAUACUUAGAACACACAAAAUCUUCUUUCCGCCGAGAUUACGCACCAGAGGAGAAAGCCCAAGACUGGCUCGUGCAACGCAGUUGGCCUCUUUUCAACCGCGCAUGGACAUUUCAGGAAUAUCUCCUAGCACCACGGACUUUGCUUCUUGGCCACAAGAAUCUCAUGUGGCAAUGUUCGGAAGGUUUCUACGAUGAGAUACUCGGUCCAAUUACCGAAAUGCAUGCCACCACACUUCACGAUCCCAAGCGCAGGGACAGAGGAAAAUCGCGAUACUUUCCCGAAACUAUACAUGAGCUGAGUGCCUUGACGAAGAAGAGAGGCAGUCUGAGUGAACCUGCGGUUUUGUCCUUUAUGAUGGAUUGGCAAAAUCUAGUCGACGAAUAUCGGUCACGCAAACUAUCUUUUGGAAAAGACAGAAUCGUUGCUUUUGCUGGUGUAGCGCGUGCAUUUUCCAACUUGGGACAAUUGACUUAUCUAGCGGGAUUAUGGUGGGAAGUCAUACCCAUUGCACUCCUCUGGUAUGUGGACAAGAAAAUGGUACCGCUUGUUCGUCGUGAGAAUGGACUGCAGAAUGGUGGGUUACCUAGUUCGGUGUGGACAACUGAAAUUGAAGAAAGUGUUGUCCAACCAGAACUACCGAGCUGGUCGUGGUUCUCGGUUCCCAUAUGGAGGUACUAUCAACUGUACUUUCUAUUUGGAGAUGACGAGUUGGCGGUGCGGUGUAAAAGUUACAGCGAGCCGAAGCUUGUGUGCUGGGACGAUGUCUUUUGGGCAGAAGUCAAGGGGUUUAGGAAUACGUACUCGUUUGGGCAUCAUCUGAAAUACGGAAACGAUGGGUGGCUCGGUCCUCGCUACCAAAGGAGGUGCCACUGCGGUCGAGUAUAUAACUAUAUCCAAGCUUUCCCAUCUUUUCUCAACACACCCACAAAACGAUUCUCGCACGAACUUCGGUUAGCUUCAGCGCACCCAGAUACUGACGAGGACAACAUCUCAAAUUCUUGUGCCAUGCAGCUUCCAAUAGUGACGCCUAGAUUCGACAAUGCGAAUGGUGAUGGCCUGCAUCUGAUGCUCGACUUACCGACUGAGCUGCGAUGCUAUAUCUUGGAACUGCUCAUUAUCGACGAGCAGUUCGAAGCUUACUAUACACUUCUUGAACAUCCAGAAAUCGGAGAGGUAGUGCGCUGCAACUUCAACGCGCAGUUCAGGGCAGUCAAGCAACACAGCAAUCUCGCUGCUCAGCUUCAGCAAAUCCUGACGACUACUGUCUUAAUAUCAGCGCACACGAACAAGUUACGCUCACAUGAGCUAGCGGAAUUCCUCACAAGCAACCUCGUCGAUGAGAAACCAUACGUGUCCGUGGAUAGCUCCAGCCAGUCUGUCGCCGUUCUCCGCAACUAUCAAAAAUACUUGGUCGAUGCAGAAACCUUGACGGAUCAAUUCGCCAAGAUAACGAUAGGUAAUGCUGCAGUUCGGUAUGUCUCCGGAGACCUUCGUCGAUACGGUGCCGACACCCUGUCUAAAGUCGAGCAUCAUCGUAUACUCCGUGCCUUCCUUCGGCUACAGCUAUAUAUUGAGAUUCGGAAACUGUAUGGAGUGAAGAAAAGCCUCAAACGAAAGCUUCGAGGCCUGUUCUCCUUAUGGACGACCUGGGAAUUCGACGAGGUCAGAAGCCUUGUCGAAUGGAUCAAGAUCGAACGUUCAAGUCUACCGAAGCAUUACGCCAGAAGUAUUCGCAAGCUGUUUGCCUUAGUCGAUGCCCACUUCUACAACGACAUGGCUCCGUAUGUCAAAGCUCGGCCAGACCCUAUGCGCGACCGGCAUCGGCGUUCUAAACUCGCCAAGAAGUCGAAGAGAUGA